GUUAACCAAAAUAGAGCAACUCAGUCGCCGCCUCGCCGGUUUGAAGCUGUGCGUUUUAAUUGAACUGUGCACCUCCGCUUCUUUUUUACUGUUUUUUUUUUUUUUUCAGUUUUUUGUCCUUUGUCACCUCCCCAAUUCCUAGGGUUUCAGAGCUUCACAUCUUUCUGUCCGAAUUCUGUUGCAAUUCCUCGAUACAUUCCGGUGAGGCGGUGACUGCGCGGAAUCGAAAAACAUCAAGACUCUCGUGUGAUAAUACGGUACGAUUUCUUUCUCCUCUUGUUCCUUGGAAUCCUAUUUAAAUCAUUCGCUUGCGAAGAUAGAAGUUAUGCAAGUUUUCAGCUAUGGAUACUGCACAAUCAGAAGUGAGAACAAUAUCUGAGAACCUUGCCUUUCUGAGUAAAAAUUAACGUCUAUAAUAAUGCUUCUGGACAAGAAUGUCAUUCAUGAAACGCAUUAUAAGGUUCUCAAUGUGAAGGAAGAUUCAAGUUAUGAAGAAAUCCGUGCUAGUUACCGCUCCGCCAUACUCAGUUUGCAUCCUGAUAAGCUAUUGAAAUCUUCUGAUGCAUCCGGCAGCAAUCAAACUAGUGGAGAUAGAUUUCUCAAAGUACAAAAGGCGUGGGAAGUUCUUGGCGAUUCCAGCUCUCGUUUAUUUUAUGAUAGUGAGCUUCGGAGUUCAAGGCGUGAUGUCUCAACUGUUGAUGUUGCAGAAGAUUUAAGCUUAGAGGAUAUGAUGGCUGAAGAUGACGGAGAAGCAUUGGAACUGUUUUAUCAGUGCAGAUGUGGAGAUUACUUCUCUAUAGACUCAUUGGAAUUGCAGAAAAUGGGGUAUUCCUUGUUGAGGGAUGAAAGUAGAAUAUCUAUAUUGAACAAUGAUUCUUUGCCAGGAUCAGUAAUUCUUCCCUGUGGAUCAUGUUCUCUAAAAGCUCGUCUGGUAAUCAAUAUGGAUGAACAUUGAAAUUAUUUACAUAUUUUUUAGUGGUAAUGACAAUUAUUGAGAAUUUGAAGUUAUUAACAUUUUUUAUAUGAAGAUAGCAAACCAAUAAUAUCUCCUCCUUGGAUAAAAAUUCCUAUGGCAAAAACUUGUGUGCCAUUUGAAAUGUAGAAUUUGGAAUUAUAUGAAGUUAAUUUCAAUAUCAAGUAUGCUGACUCACUACAAUGAAUGAG